AUGGCUUCUUUUCAAGCCCUGCGCCCGCAGUACAGCUCACUGCUUAAGCAAUUCGCAUCAUCCUCAAAGGAUUUUGCAGUGCUGAGCAGCGUGCCCGAACGCUCCCCGCCAGCAAAGACUCUCUUUGUGCUAGACUCGUCUUUCAAUCCCCCGACUCGCGCCCACCUCCGCAUAGCCAGCUCCGCCUUACAAGAACAUCUCGACCCUAGAUCUCGCCUCCUUCUCCUCCUCGCGACACAAAAUGCAGACAAGCCCUCAAAACCAGCCUCCUUUGAGGACCGACUCGCCAUGAUGGAGCUGUUUGCGCACGACUUGCGCUCCCACUUAGCGACGAGCUUCCCUGAGGGACUUCGCUCCAAUGACGAUCUCCCAGCAAUUGACAUCUGCGUCACCAAAAAGCCUUACUUUGUUGAUAAGGCGACGGCAAUUGAGGCAUCCGAUUGCUAUCCCGGUGCUCUUGAACAGAUCCAUCUCACCGGCUACGAUACCCUGAUCCGCAUCUUUAAUACCAAAUACUACCCACCCGAACACACAUUACAACCAUUAGCCUCGUUAUUUUCAAAGCAUCGCUUACGCGUGACAAUGCGACCAAGUGACGAAUGGGGCAGUCGAGAGGAUCAAGAAGAGUUUGUGUGCGCGCUUGCUCGUGGUGAUCGAGAGGCUGAGGGCGGACCGAGGGAAUGGGCGCAGAAGAUCCAACUUGUCGAAGGAAGAAAGCCUGGUGAUCCAUCUGUCAGCUCUACUCGUGCGCGAGAUGCGAUUCAUGGUGCUGUUGAGGACCUGGAAUGGUUGGUCCCAGAAAAGGUACGCCAGUAUCUUCUGGCGGAAAAGCCGUAUACUAGAGACAGCCCAAGCACCAGGAUUUAG